GCCGAACAGGAGCUGCUCUCAUCGAGGUACAACUCAGUUUAACAGCUCUACAUUGGCUUUUACUGCACCAGCUCACUAACGCUGGGAGAGAUGUUCACUUUCUGAACAGCAGGGUGAAAAUAUGGAGACCAGCUCAGGAGCAGCUUUAAUCCAGACUUCACUGAACAGGAGGACUUACUGAUACAUUAUCAGAGCUUGGAAACAUAAUGGAUAAAUGAACAACAUCUCCUGCUUCUAUUGUCCACUUUCCUACAUACUUUAAAUUUACCUCCACAAACACAUUAGGAGAUCAUAUCACGAGGAGUACAUCAGGAGAAACAUGACCUCCAAAAGUAACUCCAGUGCUGAGUCCUCUGAUAUUCUCUAUGCGAACAUAUUUUACAGACAAACGCAGAAAAAUGCAAGCAAGGAGAAAACCCACCACUGCCUGGACUGUGGGAAGAGCUUUAGAGACAGAUGUGGCCUCCAAACCCAUCAGCGUGUUCACACAGGAGAGAAACCAUUCCAGUGCCCGGACUGUGGGAGGAGUUUUAAUGUACAGAGUAGUCUUCAGGUACAUCGGCGCAUCCACACAGGAGAGAAACCCUAUCAGUGCCUAGAGUGUGGGAAGAGCUUUCAUGUCCACAGUCAUCUCCAGAGACAUCAGCACAUUCACACAGGAGUGAAACUGUAUCACUGCUCAGAGUGUGAUAAGAGUUUUACUCGACAGAGUACCCUCGAUCUGCACCAGCGCAUUCACACCGGAGAGAAGCCGUAUCUCUGCUCAGAGUGUGGGAAGAGUUUUACUGCCCAGUCUCAUCUCCACAGACACCAGCUCAUUCACACUGGAGAGAAACCGUAUCACUGCUCGGUAUGUGGAAAGAGUUUUAAUCAACUAAGUCAUCUCCAGCAGCACCAACGCAUCCACACUGGAGAGAAGCCGUAUCUUUGUCCAGAAUGUGGAAAGAGUUUUACUCUGAAGAGUCAUUUUGAAACUCAUCAGCGUCUUCACACCGGAGAGAGGCCGUAUUACUGCUCACAGUGCGGCAAGAGCUUUAAUCAACACAGUCACCUGCGACUGCACCGGCGUACUCACACAGGAGAGAAACCGUACGACUGUCCAGACUGCGGAAAGGGUUUCAAUCAAAGAAGUCAUCUCCAGCAGCAUCAACUUAUUCACACCGGAGAGAAACCGUAUCACUGCUCAGUGUGUGGAAAGAGCUUCAGGCAUCCCAAUUCUUUUAAAGCACACAAGUGCAUUAAGAAGGAGGAGGAAACUGAUGACCUGUAACUCAAAAAUCAAGAUUUCUAGGUUCACAUUAGAGGGGAACCCUCAGAGCCUUCUAAGCCUUCAGAGAAGGCCUAAUCAUUUCUGGGAACUAAAAAAACAUGCCUGCAAUUAUUUAAUAAUAGAGUUAUCAUGAUUGUUGUAAUUGAAUACUGCAAGUAUUGUAGUAAUACUUUUGUUUCAUUGGCUUUGUCCAAAAUAGCAUACUGUGUACCGCAGUGGUCACCAACCCUGGUCAUGCAGAUCGACCUUCCUGUGAAGUGUAGUUGCAGCUACAAUAUGCCACACCUUCUCCACCUCAUUAGCAUCUUUAAAUGCCUUUGAUUAGCUGGAUUAGCUUUAGAGAAAGGGGAAGAGAGUAUGCUAGAUGCAGGUUGGAAAUGAACUCUGCAGUAAAGUAGUUUUUUAGGGAGAGGAUUGGUGACCACUGAUGUACUCUAUACUGCAUACUGCUCCAGUAUAUACUGUAUACUGCAUACUCUUCAUCUGUAGUAUGCAGUAAUGUAUCCAGUAUACAACAAAAGCUAUGUGCUGUUCUACAGGGCAGGGGUGUGACUAGACUGCCAACAUCAGUGAGAGGAAUAAAAGGCCUUCUAGAAGUUCCGGAUACUUCACUGACUGAACAUGAGCGGUUGUCUAAGCAGUGUUUCGGGUAGUUACAUUUACAUUUACAUCAUUUAGCAGACGCUCUUAUCCAGAGCGACUUACAAAAAGUGCUUUGUCUAUCCAGAGAAAGUAUCUUCGCUAGUUAUCAAUAGGUUAGAGAGAAAGCCAGUCCUAAGCUCAGAUACUGCUAGAAUCAGAAGGUCAUUGACACCUAGAGAAAAAGGGACAGAGUUAAACACAGAGCAGUGCAAUACAAUACAAUACAUAAGUGCUGUACAAUACAUUACAACCAAUACUUAAUUCAGUGCUCAUUUAAGUGCUGUAUAAACAGAUGUGUCUUCAGUCUGCGUUUGAAGACAGCGAGAGACUCUGCUGUACGGACAGCCAGUGGGAGUUCGUUCCACCACCUGGGUGCCAGCACAGAGAACAGUCUAGAUGCUUGCCUUCCACGCGCCUUGAAGGAUGGCGGGUCAAGUCGAGCUGUGCUGGAAGCUCGAAGGGCUCGUGGUACAGUUCGAGAUUUGACCAUUGCCAUCAAGUAGGGAGGGGCUGGUCCAUUUUUGGCUUUGUAGGCAAGCAUAAGGUUUUUAAAUCUGAUGCGUGCAGCUACAGGAAGCCAGUGAAGGGAGCGCAGCAGUGGGGUGACGUGGCUGAACUUUGGGAGAUUGAAGAUGAGUCUUGCUGCUGCAGUUAGGAAAACAGCAGUUAGGAAAACAGGGUAGUUAGGAAAACCGCGGCAGCAGGUCUGCCAGGACUUAUCACUAAAACAGUCACUGUACAACUAACACAUAUAAGUUCAAAUAUAUGUUCAUGUCUGUUGCAAUCUUAAAAUAAAACAUGGAAUGUCUUUUGUGCACCUGCAUUAGCUAGGUUUAACACGAACAUACUAUUAGAAAUCCUGUGGGGACACUAGCAGAAAUUAGCAUCACUGUAGAAGUAUAGUUUUUUUUAUAUUUACAGCCCAAACUGAAGACCUAGCUCUAAUAGUCAAUGUUCACCAACAGUUAAUGUAUGUCGUUCCUUGCCAACUUAUAUAGGGCUUGGAAUAUAUAUAUAUAUAUUCUGUACCUAAGAAACUUUUCAGCUUUAUUAUCAUAGAACAUUGAAUCAAAGUGAAAAUAUUUCUUCAAAGUGAUUUACGUGAUCUACAAAUAUAAAAAACAAAGUAUCUGAUUGCACAAGUAUUCACCCACAUCGAGUCAUUGUUCAGUAGAUGCACCUUUAGCAGCAUUCACAGCCUUGAGUGUGUGUAAAUAGAGACUCCAUAUCAGAUUUGCACAUAUGAGCACUGCAGUUUCCUCUCAUACCUCUGCUCAAGCUACAUCCAUGGGGAUCGAGCCUGAACAGCCUUUUUAAAGUCAUGCCACAAGUUUUCUAUUGGAUUGAGAUCUGGACACUGACUCUGGCACUCCAGGACAUUCAUAUUGUUGUUUGUAAGCCAUUUCUCUGUAGCUUUGGCUGCAUGCUUGGCAUCAUUGUCAUGUGGGAAGACACAUCCUCUUCUAAGGCUCAAGUUUCUUGCAGUCGGAGAUUUUACUCCAGGAUCUCACUGUAUUUUGCUGCAUUCUUUCUACACUCACAAGCCUUCCAGGGCCUGCUGCAGAGAAACAUUCCCACAGAAUGAUGCUGCCUCCACCAUGCUUCCCAUUAGGGGUGGAGUGUUUGAAAGCUCAAUUUUGGUGCCUUCAGACCAUCAAACCUUCUUCCAGCCAAGUUCAGAGUCUUCCACAGGCUAUCUGGGAAACUGUAGCUGAGAGGUGGUGAGUUUUAUUUAACGUUGUUUUUUCCACUCUAUGUGACUAGUGAAGCACCCAUGCAUCAGUAGUUGUCUCUCCAAUCUCAGCUACUAAGGUUUGCAACUUUUUUUGAGAUGUUAUCGGUGGCCGCCCUUACUAGUCUCUUGUAUGCCGGUGGUUUGUGCUUUUCUUGCCACAGAGUUGUGUGGAGUGCUCAUGAGGAUAUGGUGUAGGUUAUGCCAUGAUACUGACUCACUGGACCAUCCAAAUGCAGGUGUAUUUAUAUUACAAUUGCUUGCAACCCCUUGAUUGCACACAGGUGACCUCCAAUUAACUAAUUCUGUGAAUGCCAAUUAGCUGCACCAGUGAUGAUUAAAAAGAGUCAUGUUGAUUGGGUGAAUUCUUAUGCAAUCAGGUAUGUUUUGUUUUACUUUCACUUUGCAGAGAUCAUUUUUUUUUUACUUUGACAUGUUCCUAUUUAUUAGUGUAAAAUGUUUCUAUGAUAAUAACAUGGGAAAACAAAAUCUCAAUGCUGUACAUGGGAAUAUCAGCAAAACAAUAAAAAACACUACACUCUAAAUGAAAAUAACAGCACAAGUCCACAGUGGAGAAAAUGAGUGUCAUUACUUAUAGUUUAAUGUCGUUCCAGAGUUUGCAUAAGUAAACAAUAUUCCACCAACUGUCCUAUAACAGAUGCUGGACGUUCGCAGUGAGGCUGCCUCAACUGAGUGAAGGGAUCUGGAUGGCUAAAAUGUGCUCAAGCUCAAACAUUCAUAUGACCAGACUUGGUGAGCUUGUGGGCUUCUGCACUCUGAACUAGUCUGAGCUGAUUUAGAGAGAGAGCAGAAUGACCAGCCAGUAACAUGUACAGUAGAUUAAUCUAGUAGAUAUGCAAGCAUGAACUCAUUUCUCAGCAUCUUGUAGAACCGUAUGUGUCUAUUUUGAAUGCUUCUCAAAUAAUAUAACUCAGUCUUAGUGAUGUUACUGAUAUGGGCAUCCAGUAUUUUCAAAAAAGCUUCUGAGCUAAAAUUCAAUUUCAGAGUCUUUUCUUGACCUUAUACCUUCUUAAAAUGGACUAGUCCUGUUUUCUCAGAACAUCUUGAACAGUUAUGUCUCAUUAAGGUAAAAGCAAAUUACAAAUGUGCUGUGACUUCUUCAUGGUUUAUCAUUUCAAAUUUGCUUUUUUCUCAAGAUUCAUUUUUCUUUUUCCUUUUUAUUCAAUUUUUGUCUGUGUGUGGAUCAGAAAACCUGCUGGACAAGUUCCAACAAUAAAUCUGACAAGGACAAUGUAGUGGACUCAUGGACUCAUGUUUGUUACUAAAAAGUUCUGGAAGUAUAUUAAAUUCAUACUGUAUAUUGUGAUGUUGUAUUCAUAAUUUUUGUUAGUGAUGUAAUGAUUGUCUUUUAUGCUAAUUGAAUUCACACAUGUUGUAGCAUUACUAAUAGCUAAGGUUUUAAAACUUACAACUAGCUUCAAGACCUGUUUUUAAGAUGGGCUUCAGAUGACAAGUGGAACUAAGUUGUGAAUUACAUGCUGUAUUAUGUCAUUUUCACAAAUAUUGUAUUUUUAUUCUUAGGUAGUUUGGUUAAUUAAUGAAUUUUGAAGCUGUCUAGUUAAUAACUGACAAUAAACUGGAUUUCCAUCUGUGAA